CGGCCCCAUCCCUACCUAGGCGUGCUGCUGGUAAAAACGCUGAGGCUUAAGUAAAGUGAUUUAGCUAAAUACAGUUUAUAAAUAGACGGAGCUUCUGACUACAGUACAUUUCCCACUUUUGUCUCGGGUUCAGUAUAAUCAUGGCUCGUGGUCCCAAGAAGCAUCUGAAGCGUGUAGCAGCUCCAAAGCACUGGAUGCUGGAUAAGUUAACAGGAGUUUUUGCUCCAAGACCAUCUACAGGUCCCCACAAGCUGAGAGAGUGUCUCCCACUUAUCAUCUUCUUGAGAAAUAGACUCAAGUAUGCCUUGACUGGAGAUGAAGUAAAGAAGAUCUGCAUGCAGCGAUUCAUCAAGAUUGAUGGCAAGGUCCGCACUGAUAUUACAUACCCUGCUGGGUUUAUGGAUGUCAUUAGCAUUGAGAAGACAGGAGAGCAUUUCCGUCUGGUGUAUGACACCAAGGGACGCUUUGCUGUUCAUCGUAUCACAGCUGAAGAGGCUAAGUAUAAAUUGUGCAAAGUGAGAAAAAUCUUUGUGGGUACAAAAGGCAUUCCCCAUCUGGUGACCCAUGAUGCCCGCACUAUCCGAUACCCAGAUCCUCUCAUCAAGGUGAAUGAUACUGUUCAGAUUGAUUUAGAAGCUGGCAAGAUCACUGAUUUCAUCAAGUUUGAUACUGGUAAUCUAUGUAUGGUGACUGGUGGAGCUAACUUGGGUCGAAUUGGUGUCAUCACAAACAGGGAGAAACAUCCUGGGUCUUUUGAUGUUGUUCAUGUAAAAGAUGCUAAUGGCAAUAGUUUUGCCACUAGGCUUUCAAACAUUUUUGUUAUUGGCAAAGGUAAUAAGCCUUGGAUCUCCCUUCCACGAGGAAAGGGUAUCCGCCUCACAAUUGCUGAAGAAAGAGACAAGAGAUUGGCAGCUAAACAGAGCAGUGGCUAAAUGAUUGCAGAUAAGGAUUUGUAGGGUAUCAAUCAAGUUGAGAUUAGAAUAUGAUUUAAAAUUUUAUUACCCUACAAAAAUAUAAAAUACAUAAGCAAAACAAGAGGUAGCUUUAAACAACUCAGUCUGAUGAAGUAAAAUUGAACAAUCCAUAAAUGCCUUUCUCAUCUUUCCUUGGAUUAGGGUAUUAUGGGUUGCCCAUAAUACCCUAAUCCAAGUUCAUUUAUUAUGAAUGUUGUAUAAACUGUUAAAGAUACAGCUGUAUUAGUCUUGCUAAAUUGCUUUUCUUUUUUUAUGUGAGAAGGCUCACUGGUUGGAGGAUGGGGAGAGGACAUCCCAAAAUGGCUGAUGUGAAAAUAAAAGCUAUCAAUAAAACUGCUUUUAAAAAAAA